CGAGCGGCUGGUGGGCGCGCCCGCUUCGACGUCGCGGAGGCUUCAAGAUGGCGGAAGCCCUGACAACUCAGGAGCAGCUGGCUGUGGAGGAGUUCCUGAGUGAGGUGCGUAGCAGGGAGCAGCCUCACAGUGCUGGGCUCGUCUCCCAACCGACAGCUGUAAAGUUUCUUAUGGCCCGCAAGUUCGACGUCACCAGAGCCAUCGACCUCUUCCAAGCAUACAAGAACACAAGAAUCAAAGAGGGCAUCAUCAAUAUCAACCCUGACGAAGACCCCCUACGCUCAGAGCUGCUGAGUGGCAAGUUUACAGUCCUGCCCGGCCGUGAUGCAAAGGGUGCUGCGCUGGCACUCUUCACUGCUCGCCUCCAUCGGCCAGACAUCACCACCCACAAAGCUGUGCUGCAGGCCAUCAUCUAUCAGCUGGACAAAGCCAUAGAGAGUUUACAAACUCAGAGAGACGGCCUCAUCUUUAUUUACGACAUGACCAACUCCAGCUAUGGAAAUUUUGACUAUGAGCUCUGUGUCAAGAUCCUCAAUUUGCUCAAGGGGGCCUUUCCAGCUCGUCUAAAAUGUGUCUUCAUUGUGUCAUCGCCUCUUUGGUUUCGAGCACCCUUUGCCGUAUUACGCCUAUUUGUGCGCGAGAAGCUAAGAGAGAGGGUUUGCACAGUGAAGGCCCAUGAGUUGGCCGGCCACAUCCCAGUCUCCUCCCUCCCUGAACACCUGGGUGGGACAUCUCAGUACAGCCAUGUGGCUUGGAUCCAGUCCUGUGUUAACUCCCACACAAACACUGUUCAGGGUGACACACAAGACCACGACACACACGACUGUGUGGGAAGCCUGCUGCGCUCCUACAGCUUAGAGUGCAGCAACACGAGCGCGGGCGCUACACUGUCCCACACACACAUCAAUACGCAGCUAGGCUCUGAGCUAGCCGUGGCUAACUCUAACUGCUAUGAUGAUAGCAAUGCUAACCCACACAACCACUGCGGUGUGGUGGAGGGCAGGACUCAAGGUCAGUACCAGCAGAGCCCGCAGGGUAACCACCAACACUGGAAUGGCUCAGCAGUGAGCGGGGCUAAUGUUACUGUUAGCAGCUCUAGCCCCAAUGCUAACAUGAACGGUCGAGGUCGUCAAGCCCCUCCUCAGUCGGAUACGCCCCCAGACACACCGCUCUCCCAGGCAGGUGAUGGGGACGAUGUCGACGGCAAGGUGACAGACUCUGCCCACAUGUCUCAGACUGAGGGUGUCAAGGAGGAGGACGAAGAGGAAGGGGUGCCUCCAUUACCCCAGAAAUCUUUGCCCCGCCCCCCUCACCAGCCUUGCUCCCAGUCUCCGCCCCUGUCUUCAUCAUGGGAUCCUGAGGAAGAGGAACGCUGCAUUGAGGUGUCGGUUCACAUGCCAGAGCAGGGAGGCAUGACGGUGCAGGAUCUGGUGGAGCAUGUGAAAAGGAAGAAGAAGAAGGGGAUCUACCAGGAGUACGAGGAGAUCCGCAAGGAGCCGCCAGCAGGCACCUUCGACUACUCCAAAAAACUGUCCAAUCAGAUAAAGAACCGGUACAGCGAUGUUCUCUGCCUGGAUCACUCACGGGUGCGACUAUGUCAGCUCUCUGAUGAUGAAGAUGAGACAUCCGAUUACAUUAAUGCCAGUUUCAUGGACGGGUACAAGAGAGGAAACGCCUACAUCGCAACUCAGGGUCCUUUGCCAAAAACGUUCGGCGACUUCUGGCGAAUGGUUUGGGAACAAAUGGUACUUAUCAUCGUCAUGACUACCAGGGUGGUGGAGCGUGGCCGAGUGAAGUGCGGUCAGUACUGGCCUCUUGAGGAGGGCAGGACCGAGCAGCACGGACACUUCUUGAUCAGGAACACACACAUCCAAACCUUUCAGGACUUCAAACUCUCCCAUCUCGAACUUUACAACACACAGUCUGGAGAGAGACGGGAGGUGUACCACUACCUCUAUGUCAGCUGGCCAGACUUUGGGGUGCCGAAAAGUGCUUCAGCCAUGCUGGACUUCCGUGAACACGUACUUCAGAGGAGGGAGGCUGCAGUGCAGAGUCUGGGCACCAGCUGGACAGGGCCUCGGGGGCCCCCUGUGGUUGUGCACUGCAGUGCUGGCAUUGGCAGAACAGGCACCUUCUGUACACUGGACAUCUGCCUGUCCCGGCUGGAGGACAUCGGCACCGUCAACGUGCGUCAGACGGUGCGGCGGAUGCGUACACAAAGGGCUUUCAGCAUCCAGACCUGGGACCAGUUCUACUUCUGUUACACGGCAGUCAUCGAGUAUGCCCAGCGCAAUGGGAAAAUGAGCCCGGUGCAGUGGUCUGAUUCAGACCUGGAGACUGACAGCGAGUGAGAGACACACACACACACACACACACACACAAACACAAACAAACACACACGGAGAGAUAGAAAAAAAAAAAACUGAAUAUCCAACCUAAGCCGAAGUCAUAGGAACAAGAGUGAGGAGAGGCGUUUCAGAGUCGAGGAGGGAGGUGACUCUUCUGCCAUAAGAGAGAAGACACGAAGGAUGGAGAUCUUGUUUUGGCUCUUGAUGAAAUGAUGCAGACUCCCACAGCUGCUCUUCUUUUUUCAUGAACAGACAGUCAUAGGCGGUGAAGAGCUGGAGAAAAAAAAAAUAAUAAUACAGGGAGUAGAGACUGUGCAUUCAUCACUCACGAGCAAGCAGUCCUGCCAAUAUCCGAGCCCCUUUUCAUUUAGCAAACUACAGGGGGACCUGGCCUGCCCUCAACCUGUCUUGUUGACGAGAGAGUUGUACGACUUGUAGCAUUUUUAUAUUGACUUGCACAUGAGGAAUGGCAAACUUGAACUUUACCCCUUUGAAGCCCUCCAAACCCCCCAGUAUUUGUUCCUUUUUUUUUUUUUCAACCCUGAUCAAGUCUGUGAACGCAGAUCAAAUGUGAAGGGCAGGAAACGGUCAAACUUGAAAAAAACAAAACAGUUUUUCUUUGUUUUGACAGGAAAUGGUUCUGUGUGAGCAAGUGGUCGUAUGUGAAAGUAGAUAAAGUGUGUGAGCCAUUUAGUCCAUUUCCUUUUUGUUUUGAUUUCCACGUCCUUUUUUUUUUUUUUUUUUUCUCUAUGGUGCAUUUUCUACGUGCGUGUGUCAUAUUUGUGCAUAUGUAGACUCACUUUUCAAAGCCAAAGUCCUCACCCUGAAUGCUUGGAUGUACUCCUUACUGAGAUAUUAUAUUGUCUGAAGCCCAUGUAUAUUCAUGUAACAUACAUUUAUACAUUAUUGUGUAUAAUAACAACCUCUGACAUAAGAGAAAAAAAAAAAAGCCUUGUUUAAUACAAUUUGACUUAACCAUGACAAGAAGUAUCUUUGUAGCGAGCCAGGCAAUGACAAAAUAUAGAUGGAGUUCUGCUAUUUUAACUGAUAUCUUUUCACAAAUCUGUUUGAUUUGUCAGGUCUAACAUCCUCUUUACUGUCGGAGCGUUCUGAUUGGACAAUCUUAAGUAGUUUGGCCUUAACUUGUUUCACUGCCUCGUCGUUUCUCAGACCUAAACCACACCUGAAACUGUAACCUUCUCCUUUUUUGUUCUUUCCCUUUUUGUAUCUUAACUCCUUUGAAACCACAACAAUAGUGUUUGAUUCCUGAGGCGUGCUCUGCCUCAGACGAUUGUGCCUUCAGGUAUUCCUUAGCUUAACGUCUCGCUAGUGUAGUAAUAACACCCAAAACCAGUGCACUUGAGAAGUACACGCUGACGUAUGUGUCACGCAGGACGCCCACAUUUUGCCUACAGUCCUGUACGGAGUUCACUGCUUCUGAACACCAUCAGAGUAGCGAGUUAAACCGGGACUAAGCUCUGGUUCGAGACAUGGCUAUUCUUUUAUCAUUUGACCUCAGGGGGUAAUUCUAGUGUUUUUAGCCUAGUGUCAAAGAUUUGUUUCUGGGUUUGCCUCUGGUAAAUUAUCAUUUAAGAAAAAAGAAACUAUAUCAACUUUAUUUUGUAUUUUUUACUGUAUUGUAACCUACUAUAUUUAUGUCUUUGUAAAACUUCUACAAUAUUGAAAUCAGUGAAUGUUGGUACGAUGCUACAAAGAAAAACAAACCAGUUAUUGCAUUUGAUAAGCUGAACAAAUCACAAUGGGGGAGUGAAAUAUAUUUUUUGUUGUUCACGAUGAAAUAUUUGGUGGAAAAUGUCACUUGCCAUUGUAUUUUCAGAAACUGACUUGUAUAGAUGGUAAUUGUUCAGUUGAUGGACAGAACAGGGGGGCAGGAGGGGGGGUAAUGAUGUUUUUAGAACGCUUCUUGUUAAACCCUUCAGUAACAAUUACAUUAACGUCUUACUGUCUGGUACCCUAUGCCAAGGACAAAGCAAAAAAGAACUAUCAAGAGAUGAAGAAAAGCAAAAAAAGAAAAGACAAGUGGCUGCCGUUUGUGUUCACAAAAACCCAGCUUUGUGUCUUUGAGGAAAUCAAAUAUAUAUUUAGAAUGAGUUAAGGUUUAUCAGCAUGGAAGAAAAAAAAAAGAGAGCCUUGAAUGUUUUUUCGGGGUAAUGGUGUCCGAGCAUUUUUUAAAAAAUUUGUUUUAAGUCAAGACAGACACGGAUAUCGUCGGUGAAUGUGGACCCUGCAUCCCUCAAAGCCAAAGGCCCAGGCUCACCCUAAAGAUUGCUGUCAUAUCACACGUCCUCAACAGCCUAUUAGCAUGGACCUACCAAUGCAGCCUUGCAUCCACUGACACGGAGAGACUCGGGAGCACCUCGGGAACAUUACUAAAGAUUAUGUAUAGCUACAGAAAAUGGGAGAGUGUGUCUGUCAAAGAGUCCCCAUGUGACUUCUAAUAUGUUUUAUGAGUAACAGUGAAUGCGAUGUGCAUUUUUGUCAUCGAUGUUCAUUUUUAAUGUUCCUGUGCUUUAAGUUCUCGUGAUUGAAUUAUGGCCUUUUACAUGCUGUCAGCCCGGCUGUCCCAUUAAAGCAAUGGUAUUACUAUCUCGAA